UCCGGCGGAAGUAAACAACAAGGCGCUAGCAUCGUUAGCUUCCAGGUUUUCUUCUGUUUAUCGUCGGUUUUUGCUGUGUGAGCUGAAUAUUUCAGAGUCUGCAGUAACAACAUCUUCGGUUCAUCAUCUGAGAGAAUUGAUCAGAGAGCGACUAACUGCUGCUGCUGGAGAAAUAUUCAGAAACAUCGUUCAUUAGGAGGAAGAGAUCGAUCAUCAGCUCAGACUGCUGGAUAUCAGCUGGAAAACCCAGAUCAGAUCAGAACCUACAGGCCUUCCACAGCAUCAUGUCUGUUACUACUUGGGAGGUUCUUGAGGACCACCUUCUCAAAACUGAAGAGAGGAACUCUGUUCUUGACCACAAGAUGCCAAACGUUGCAGAAAUAAAAGAGGAACAGGAGGAAGCAGAAACACAGCAGUUGUGUGUGCCAAAAAUGGAACCAGAACAUCAAGCAGUUCGAGAAGAACAUAUUGAACUGCGGAUCUUUGAGGAUGAAGGUCAGCUUUUAGUGAAGCAAGAGGCCAGCACCUCUAUGGUGACUCCUGCCUAUCAGGAAAUAUUCAACCAUAUACCAGAACUGCAGCAGAUCACUGAGAUAAAGGAGGAACUAGAACCUUUACAAAAUAAAGAGAAACAAGAACCAGAACCUUUGGAGAUUAAAAAGGAACCAGAGGAUCAUUGCAGUAAUCAGGAUGAAGACCAGCUUGCAGUGAAGCAGGAGACUGAUAGCUUUAUGGUGACUCCUACUAAUAAGCAAGAAGACAACAGUGAACCAGAACCAAACAAGAACCUGCUCCUUUCUGCAAACUGCCCUGAAGAUGAGAACCUACAUCAACAGAGAAGGAACCAGAAAGACUCAGGAUCUAGUAGAGAUAAGGACCUUCAGCCAGAGAAGAGACACCAGGACACCAGAAAUCACAGGGACAAUGUGGACAAGUCAAAACCAAAAAGACAUAAAAAAAACACGGCUUCUUGUGAAAUAUGUGGUAAAUGUUUCAGAACACGUAACUAUUUACCUGUGCACAUGAGAAUCCACACAGGUGAGAAGCUGUAUCCUUGUGAAGUGUGUGGUACAUCUUUCAGACACAUAGAUUAUUUGAAUAAACACAAAAGAACUCACACAGGUGAGAAUCCUUAUUCUUGUGAGUUUUGUGAUAAACCAUUUAAAAAUGGCAGUAAUUUGGCUCGUCACCUUAGAACUCAUACAGGUGAGAAGCCUUAUUCUUGUAAGUUUUGUGACAAAUCUUUUCGACAAAGUCAACAUUUGGCUCGUCACCUUGGAACCCAUGAAGAAGAAAAGCCUUUCUCAUGUGUGACAUGUGGAAAAGGUUUCAUCUGGAAAUCUGCUUUAACUUCGCACAUGAGAACUCACACAGGUGAGAAACCAUUUCCUUGUGAAGUGUGUGAAAAAUCUUUCAAAGCACAUAGCAGUUUGGCUCGUCACCUGACAACACACGAAGAGGAGAAGCCUUUUUCAUGUCUGACCUGUGGAAAAGGUUUCAUCUGGAAAUCCGCUUUAAGUUUGCACAUGAGAACUCACACAGAGGCAAAAACUCUGGCCUGGGAGGUCUUAAGUGAGGCCACGGAGAAGGACUACUGGUCGACCUCAAAGUGAUUUUGGCAAACCGUCCGAAACCUCAGGAGAGGGAAGUGGUGCUUUGCCUACACUGUUCAUAGUGGGAGUGGGGAGCUGCUGACCUCAACUGGGGACAUUAUCGUGCGGUGGAAGGAGUACUUUUAGGAUCUCCUCAAUCCUGCCGUCAUGCAUUCCCUGGUGGAAGCAGAUGCUGGGGACUCGGGGUUGGACUCGUUCAUCACCCAGGCUGAAGUCACCGAGGUGGUUAAAAAGCUCCACCCGCUUCAGGGGUGGAUGAGAUUCGCCCUGAGUACCUCAAGUCUCUGGGUGUUGUGUGGCUGUCAUGGUAGACACGCCCCUUCAACAUUGCAUGGUGGUCGGCGAAGUGAAAUUAGAAGGGAGACCAGAGGGUGUGUUCCAAUUACAGGGGGGAUCACACACCUCAGCCUCCCUAGUAAGGCCUAUGUCAGGGUAUUGGAGAGGAAAGUUCAGCCAAUAAUCGAACUUCGGCUUCAGGGAGAACAAUGUAGUUUUCACCCCAGCCGUGGAACACUGGACCAGUUCUACACCAUCUGCAGGGUGCUGGAUGGUUAAUGGGAGUCCGCCCAAUCGGUCCACAUGGGUUUUGUGGACCUGGAAGGAAUCUGACCGUUGCCCUAGUGGUGCCCUGUAGGGGGCACUCUAAGAAUCUGGGGCCCUUUAUCAGGGGCCAUUCGAUCUCUGUACAAGCGGAACAGGAGUUUGGUCUGCAUUGCCGGCACUAAGUCGGACUUGUUCCCGGUGCAUGUUGGACUCCGGCAGGGCUGCCCUUUUUCACUGGUCCUGUCCAUAACUUUCAUGGACAGGACUUCUAGGCGCAGCCAAGGGCAGGAGGGGAUCUAGUUUAGGGACCAGUGGAUAUCAUCUCGUCUUUUUGCAGAUGAUGUGGUCUUGCUGGCCCCUUCUAGGCAAGACCUACAGCAUGUAAUGGGGCAUUUCACAGCUGAGUGUGAAGCGGCUGAGAUGAGUAUCAGCUCCUUCAAUCCUGAGGCCAUGGUUCUCGACCGGAAAAGUGUGGCUUGCCUUCUUCAGGUUGAAGGGGAGUUCCUGCCUCAGGUGAAGGAGUUCAUGUAUCUCGCGGUCUUGGUCACGGGUGAGGGGAGAAUGAUGUGGGAGGUAGACGGCUCCGUGCAGCCGCCGCAGUAGUGAGGAAGCUGUGCCGGUCCAUUGUGGUGAAGGUAGAGCUGAGCCGAAAAGUGUAGCUCUCGAUUUACCGGUGGGUAUACUUUCUUAACCUCAUCUAUGUGCAUGAACUUUGGGUCAUGACCAAAAGAACGAGAUCCCAGAUACAGAUAGCAAAAAUGAGCUUCCUCCACAGGGUGGCCAGGCACUCCCUUAAAGAUAGGGUGAGGAGCUCGGCCAUCCGGGAGGAGCUCGGAGCAGAGCCGCUGUUCCUCCACAGAAUGGAGUUGAGGUGGCUCCGGCAUCUGUAUUGGACAUUUCCUGGAUGCCUCCCCCGGUGUUCCAGGCACGUCCUACCAGGAAGAGGCCCAGGGAACAGCCCAGGACAUGUCUCUUGGCUGGACUAGGAACGCCUUGGGCUUCCCCCAGAGGAGCUAGAGCAGGUGUCUGGGGAGAAGGAAGUCUGGGCGUCUCCACUAAGUCUGUUGCCCCUGCGACCUGGUCCCGGAUAAAGUAGAGGACGACAAUGAAACGCUUCUUCUUUGUGUUGUCUUAUUUUCCCAGAUAGGUUUCAAAGUUACUGAAAGACUGAGAAAUCUUGCUUUGACUGAAAGCUAAUUCUUAAUGAUUGACUGUCUUUACCGUUUGGAGUCCUUGACAAACUUAUGUUAUUAUUUUUGCAUAAUUAUUGUUUUCCAAAAGUGUUCCAAUCACAAGUCACAACGCUGAUAGGUGCCUUUGAUACAUUUUUACAUGCAAAUGUGUCUUAGGACAAGUCCAGAGUAGGAUCAUACUGGUUCAUAUUCACUUUUUCAUCUUAAGACUCACUAUUUUUUCAUUUAAUAUUUAAAGUAAUUAUAUUUUGGUAACAUUUGCUGCACCCAGAAGUCUCUUUGUUUUUUGCAUACAUUGGGCCACAUUGUAACAAUUCCAGUAAUAAUAAAUAUAAAAUGAUCACAGAUUGGUGGGGUGUGCAAUGCAGCUGUGGAGCAUGUCUUGUGCCUGCACUGGGGCGGAUGGUGGGUUGUGCUCGGCCUGGAGCGGCUGGUGUGCUUUGGGGUGUGCUGGCUCACUCCCGAUAGCUGCUUGCCAGGGCCGGGAUUCCUGGGCUCUGUCGGGCCUCUGCUUGGGGAGUGAUGUGUCUCAGGUCUCUGGGUCCAUGGCUGGAUCUGCUCAGGUG